CUAUUAUGAACAGGCAAAAUAGAUGGUAGGCCUUCUUCAUGUCAAACUAUUCAUGAUGAGAAGUACCUUGUUUUUCAAAAAGUUGCUUGAGCAUCUUGUACUUUUCUUCAUAUCAUCCUUUUCAGUGAUCUUAGUCCCACUCUUCCAGGAAUGAGACAAGAACUUUGAACUUACAUUGCUUGUAUCAUAGAAGUUUGAAAGUUUGGUUCAUGAGAGCAGUGUUGAAGAUGAAGUUGUGAACAGUUACAGUGAACAAAGUUUGAAGAAUUUUGGCCCAGUCUAGAAAAUGUGAAACUUGAUUGAUUUCUUCUCAGAAGCCAGAAUACUGCAAAGCACUACUAGAAUUACUGUUCUUGAAAUUUUGGCAUCAGUUUACAACACCAAAUGAGGAAAUCCGUUGUUAUAGCCAUUUCCAUAACCAUAUGCUUCAUUGCUUUUGUCAUAUCCAAGAUUUUAAUCUCAGUCCUCAUCUAUAAAAGAUGGAGAAGAAAGCAAAUGAUUUAUGAAGAUGGUUACACAGGGGGAAAGAUGGUGAUAUUUAGGUCUUCAGUGCUUAAAUCUCUGAAAUCUGAUACGGUGUUAAAGAAGACACAGAAACUGAACAACAAGGACAUCAUUGGGUGUGGUGGUUAUGGUGUGGUUUAUGAACUAAAGCUGAAUGAGUCCACAGCCUUUGCUGUGAAGAGGCUAAACCGUGGAACUGCAGAGAGGGAUAAAGGUUUUGAGAGAGAGUUGGAAGCAAUGGCAGAUAUAAAACACCGCAACAUUGUGACUCUUCAUGGAUAUUACACAGCACCACACUACAAUCUUCUCAUCUAUGAGCUAAUGCCCAAUGGAAGUUUGGAUACCUUUUUGCAUGGGAGAUCAAUGGACAAGAAGGUUUUAGAUUGGUCAACCAGAUACAAAAUAGCUGUAGGUGCAGCAAGAGGAAUAUCAUAUCUCCACCAUGAUUGCAUCCCCCACAUUAUCCACAGAGACAUCAAGUCAAGUAACAUAUUGCUGGAUCAGAAUUUAGAGGCUCGUGUUUCUGAUUUUGGAUUAGCCACGUUGAUGGAACCAAACAAAACUCAUGUUUCAACAAUUGUUGCAGGAACUUUUGGAUACUUGGCACCUGAAUAUUUUGAUACAGGAAGAGCAACAUUUAAAGGGGAUGUUUACAGCUUUGGAGUUGUGUUACUGGAGCUUUUAACAGGGAAAAAACCCAGUGAUGAAACAUUUAUGGAAGAGGGAACCAAGCUUGUCACAUGGGUGAAGGCUGUUGUUCGAGAGAAGAAGGAGGAGUUAGUUCUUGAUAGUAGCUUAGGGUCUUGUCCGGAGCAAGAUGUCAACAAGGUGUUCAACAUUGCAAUGAUGUGUCUUGAAGCAGAUCCCUUGAUGAGGCCAACCAUGGCUGAGGUUGUCCUCAUGCUUGAGCAAACAGAACCAGAAAAACCAGUUACAGCAUCCUCAUGAUCACUUCAAAAACCUCACUCUCAAGUUUCUGGAAUACCAUCUUACCAGAAGUGACGGAGGCAUCACGAACAACAACAACAACAACAAAGUCUUUUUCUCAAGAGGAUAUGCUUAAGAGAGGUAAAAAAAUAAGAAUUAUAAAAAUAUGCGGCAAUUUGUUUAAAUGCUAAAUUUUGAAAA